GCAGGUUUCCCAGUCGGGCUGUUUGGGCAGCGCCGCGCGUCUGCGCAGAGUGGGCGGUGGAGGAAGAGGCACUUUAGUUUGGACGCAGUGGUCCGGAGACUCGCUGGCGGGUAUUGGGAGCUUUCGGAGCUAUGGAGGUAGACGGCACCGUGGCUGCACCGGAGGAGCUUGUGGUGGAAGAACGCCAGCGGUUGUGCGCCGAGUUUGCUGCGAUUACGGGCCGCGGCUGCGACGUGGCUCAGUGUUAUUUGGCGGAGAAUGACUGGCAGAUGGAAAGGGCGCUCAACUCCUACUUCGAGGCGGCGGUGGAUCUGGGAGCGCAGGACGCGAGGACGCCGACGCCUCCGCUCGCCCCCAGCUCCGCGGAGGCGGUCUGUGUUGACCUGACAAAUGAAUCAACGAUUGAUAUCACCAAUACUGAUGUUAAUAUAGAGAAUUGUGUCCAGAAAGAAGAUGACAGUACGUUUUCUUUAAUUACUUGGAAUAUUGAUGGAUUGGAUGUAAACAAUUUGCAAGCUAGGGCUAGAAGCGUCUGUGAAUAUUUAGCUUUGUACACUCCAGAUGUGGUAUUUCUUCAAGAGGUGAUUCCACCAUACUAUGAUUACCUAAAGAAAAGAGCCACCAGUUAUAGAAUUAUUUCAGGUAAUGAAGACGGCUAUUUUACAGUAAUAAUGUUGAAGAAGUCAAGAGUGAAGUUAAUAAGCCAUGAAAUUACACCUUUUCCAGCUACCCAAAUGAUGAGAAACCUUUUAUGCGUGCAUGUGUCUGUAUGUGGCAAUGAACUUUGCCUUAUGAGUUCUCAUCUGGAGAGUACCAGAAACCACGCUCGGGAACGGAUGAAUCAGCUAAAACUAGUGUUAAAGAAAAUGCAAGAGAUCCCAGAGUCAGUUACUGUUAUAUUUGGAGGAGAUACAAAUUUAAGGGACCAUGAAGUUUCUAAAGUGGGUGGUUUGCCUGACAAAAUUUUGGAUGUUUGGGAGUUUUUGGGCAAACCUGAGCAUUGUCGGUAUACUUGGGAUACACAAGCGAACACUAAUUUGGCAAUAGAGGCUAGCUGUAAACUACGAUUUGAUCGGAUAUUUUUCAGACCUGCAGCAGGUGAUUGUCACAUUAUUCCACGCAAUUUGGAUCUAAUUGGGUUGGAAAAGCUGGACUGUGGUAGAUUUCCUAGUGAUCAUUGGGGUCUUCUUUGUGGCUUUGAUGUAAUACUGUGAAUAUUUUUCAGAUGUGUAUAUUUUUAAGCCUGUUGUACAGUUUUUUUUUUGUCAGAUUUCUUGCAAAGAUUUGAUGAUAUUUUGAACCUGUUUUGGAAAAAUACUUUAUCACCCAAGAGGCUGAAUCUUCACCGCUCCAUUACUGUUUCUCUUUGUAGAUUCAUUCCACAGAUUUUUUUUUCCUCUCAGAGAACUGUAAGUUUUAAAUAAAAGACCUUCUUUAGUUGGACUUUUAAUUUUCCCUCUAGUCUAUUUGGUUGGUCUGGUUGAAAUGAAGACAUGAUUUUCUUAGUACCAACUCUGCUACUGCUACUGCCCUUGUGGAUCUUCUGGGUGAUAGGACUGUGGCUUUCCUAGUCCUUUGUCUUAUCUUGGCCACUUCCUUAACAUGGCUAUUGGAAGGAAAAGGAUAAGCAUGAGUAAAAGACAAUGAAAAAUGGGACAUAUUUGUUUUUAUUCAUUAGCCUGAAUUAACAAAGAAAAUAAUGAGUAAUAGCAAAGAAAAAGGCAAAUGGAAUUUAUAAAUCACUGUAUUUCCUGUGUACUAACUGGAAGGAAAAUGUAAAAAUGUUAAUCAUAGUAGUUUAACAUCAAAUAAUCAUUUUGGAAAACUUUGGAUAAUGUGAUUAAUCUUAGUCAUUUAAUAA